GACGAGCAACGAUGACGACGGACACGUCACCAUAUGGCAGUCCACAGCGUAGCUUUCUACGCAUGCGUGUUGUUUGUUUCUGACGUUUCUGACCGUCUCUUACCGUCAAAUUGCAACCCUCGUGGCCAAACAGUGGUCGAACGGUCGUCUGGUUUUGUCGCUGAUAUUGAAAAUGUCGGGGAAGUCUAAGGCAUUUACCAAAGAGGAGGAGCUGCUGCUACAGGACUUCUCCAGGAAUGUCUCGACGAAAUCCUCGGCAUUAUUCUACGGCAAUGCCUUUAUUGUUUCGGCGAUACCCAUUUGGUUGUUUUGGAGAAUACAUUUAAUCGAUCUCUAUUCCAACUUAAUCUCUUUUGUACUGGUUACAUUAGCAAGUACAUAUGCUCUUGCCUUGGCAUAUAAAAAUACAAAAUUCAUUCUCAAACAUAAGAUUGCUGUAAAAAGAGAAGAUGCUGUUACUAAGGAAAUAAACCGCAAGCUUGCUGAAGACAAAAAGAUGAGCAAGAAAGAAAAAGAUGAAAGGAUUUUGUGGAAGAAGAAUGAAGUAGCAGAUUAUGAAGCAACAACAUUUUCAAUUUUCUACAAUAACGCCCUUUUUCUUGCCUUCGUCAUUGUCUCUUCGUUCUACGUUCUGAAAACAUUCACACCUGCAGUAAAUUAUAUACUUUCCGUAGGUGCUACCAGUGCAUUCUUAGCAUUAUUCUCUACAGGAUCCCAAUAAUAUAUAUUAUAAAUUUAUGUAUUCUGUUAACUAAUCUCAUAAGGAACUUCCAUCUGUUCGAUUUACCUUUUGAUAUGGAACAAUCAUGGAUAAUAAAUACAUUUCUAUUUAUAAUAAAA